AUGAACCGAGUUGUACAACAUAUAAGUAAGCAAAUCGGGAAAAAUUCGCGAAGAGCAUUUUGCUCGGGGCCUCCAAGACGAGCUAUCGGUUAGUUGUUGGGAUCUAAAGAUUAAAAAAAAAUUUCUUGUGGGGCAAUUCAAAUUAGUCAACAAAAACUAGGGACAGCUCUAUUCUUUAGAGAACCUUGAAUAUAUGCAGAAAUUAAUCCAAAAAGUCCCGAUAUAAAACAGUUUUUGUAAGUUCAAGUUUUGUUCUUCCAAAGAUCUUUGUCCAACUUUUCUUCGUUAUUGCCAGGUUCUUAGAUCAUAAAAGGUUUAUUUAAUGAUCUGAUAAUAUUUUUCCUCGACAUACAUAUUUUCUCCAUUAUUUUCCUCAUUCGAGCUUAUUCGAUGUGAGAGAAGAGUUUUCGAGCUUCUUCUCUAUUUCUCUUCACUCUCUUCUGGUUUUGCCCAAUUUUUUCGAGCUGUGAAACACAUUUCUUCUCGCUUUGUAGUUGUUUUUGUUGACUCGUUGCUAGUAUUUUUUAUUCUACACAUAUUUGUUUUCUGUCUAGGAAAAAACAGCAAAAAUGGGUUCGUAUUUUGAACAAGGUGGGCUUCUUAUCGGUGAAAAUUUUAAAAUUGAAAUUUGAUAGCCAAUUUGAUUUUUUGCACUUUGAAAGGGGGAAAUUAAAUAUUAUUAAAAACAAAAUUUCCCGCAUUUUUUGAGACCUGGCAGAAUCUUAGAGGUGGCACUAGAUCCGACGAAAUUCAACGGAAACAGGAAAGGUUUAGAGAAACAUAUUUUUAAUCUACCAAAAAAAUUUGAGUUCUGGAGAUUUUUCGUAGUAACAUACACAGUGUGUAAUUUAUCCCAAAUUGCUAGAUCACUUACAAUGCAGAAAUUUUGCUGUGAGCUUAAGAAAAUUCCCCUAUGCCAAAAAUUUUUGAAAGAACUUUUUAUCUUUCAAAACCUGCGAAGAAACAAUAAAAAUAAUUGGAACUGCACACCAUAAAUGUUAUCAAUUAUCUAUAUCAGCAAUCAUAAAUUCCCCCUCCUGUCAGAAAAAAACAAAGAAUCUCAAAGUUUUUAUCUUGUUAUUUUCAUUGAAAUCGUAGUGCUACUGAAUAAAAUAAAAAGUAUAAAAGAAGAAGAUAAGAGGAGAAUUUUUGAAAGCAGACAAAACCAAAAAAAGAAAGUACUUUUUGAGGUUAUCUUUUUUUGUUUUACAACGUUUUGAUGAUAAACGAUUGAAUUUAUGGAUGUAUAAAAGUGAUUGAUUAUCUUCACUUUUUAGACAAUUUAUUUGAUUUUCUCGGUUACAGUUUUCUCGUUUUAUUGUUAUACUUUUUGGUUUUUAGUUACAAUAUGAUAUGAUUUUUGCUAUAAGACUAACUUUUUUCUGUUCCAGUAAGACCAGAUUUUCCAUCUCAACUUUGAAAAACAAAUAUUUGUUCUAUCUUCAACUUUUCCCCAAAAAGUUCUAUAUUAUUUUCCAGACAUUUUUUCUUACUUACAAAUUUCUUCUCAGUUUUUAAUUGAACUUGGCCCCACUUGACCUUGAAUUAAAAUAGUAAUUUUAAAUUGUAAGUGGUAGUAGUGAAUCAUUGAAAACUCUUGAGACGUUUUUUUGUCGGUCAUUAGAAGAAAAAAAAAAGAAAAAAAUGAGCCAACGUGAGUUUUUUGUCAUUUUUAGAAUUAUGGAAUAUUGUAAAUCUCUGUUAGGACGGAUUUUUUGUUUUGGGAAUUUUAAGAAGCGUAAGUGAUUAUCUGGAAAAAUAGGACCUGAGGAAACAAUUAUUGUAAAGUGUACUGAAGUGUCCAAAUUUUCCCAACUAAAAAAUCUUUUUUUUCAGCGGAAACACUAACUGACAGUGUACUCGUCGAUAAACAACAAAUGUUUGCCCCGUCUGAAAUAGUUGCAAAUGCUGCCGCUCAAGCAAAAUCACAAGUUAUAGAAACUGAUCAAUUAAAGAAAUUAGAACAUGUUACUGAUCUUAUGGAAGAAUUUGGAAAAAUCGAAAAUGUUCGAAUUGGAAAUCCGACUGAUGUUAAAGAGAAAUUGAAGAAAAUGGCAUUGGGAGGAGAGCACAAAUUAUUGGUUAUUUCGGAUUUCGAUUUUACACUUUCAAGAUUUCAAAAUGAGAAAGGUGAAAGACUUUCGACAACUCAUGGAGUUUUUGAUGACAAUGUUAUGAGAUUGAAUCCAGCACUCGGACAAAAGGUACGUUUUCCAGCAGAUUUUCUUAAAUUUUUCAACCUACAAGUUUAUUUUAAGUUUUCCAAACUUGGUUUGCCCACGGAAUUUUUGAAAAUAAUUUUUCCCAAAUUUUAGAUGUUUCAGAAAAAUUUUCUUGGAACUACAAUUUGUGAUUUUGAAAAAAAUUGACAAAAAUCAUUCCAAAUGUUUCAGUUUUUCCCAAAAACUCUAAAUUUGUGAAAAGCAUUCUGAAUAAAAAUUAACUAUUUCAAAUCUAUUUUUUUGCAGUUUGUCGAUUUGCGCGAAAAAUACUAUCCAAUCGAAUUUUCGCCAAAUCUGACAGUCGAAGAAAAAAUUCCACACAUGGAAAAAUGGUGGGGAUCUUCGCAUCAAUUGAUUGUCAACGAAAAAUUCUCGAAAUCCACAAUCGAAGAUUUCGUUCGUCAAUCUCGAAUUGUUUUCAAAGAUGGAGCCGAGGAAUUGAUUCAAUCACUCGAUGCACAUUCAGUUCCACUCGUCAUUUUUUCGGCUGGAAUUGGAAAUAUUAUUGAGAUAUUUUUGCAACAGAAAUUGGGUGCGAUUCCAAGGAACACACAUUUCAUUUCGAAUAUGAUUUUGUUUGAUGAAAAUGAGCAAGCAAGAGCCUUUUCUGAGCCAUUAAUUCAUACAUUCUGCAAAAAUUCGAGUGUUAUUCAGAAGGAAACCAGCUUUUUCCACGAGAUUUCUGGAAGGUUUGUUGGCUUUUUUUUAUUUUUGAAAAAAGUUUGAAUUUUCUAUGAAAUUGUUGAAAAAUUCAGAAAAUUUCUGAUUUUUUUGGUAUAUUUUUCAUGAAGUUUGAAAAUUUUUUGAUAUACAGUAUCCUUUGCAGUUUGACCUACCGUAUUCCUUGUAGCCUGGGAGAUACAAUAUUCCUUACAGUCUGGAAACUACAGCAACCCUAAGGCGGUUACAGUAUGCCUUGCAGUUUGAGAUACAGUAAACCUUUUAGUUCUGAAAAUCCCUUCAGGCUACAGUAUCAUUGCAGUUUGAGGUACAGUAAUCCUUGAGGUCUUCUGUUUUUAGGUACAGUAAUCCUUGUAGUCUGAAAUAUCCUUGAGGCUCGAAUAAUAAAUACUCCGGAAAAGGAGUUUUUGGCUUAAAAAUCGUUAUUUUUAGCCGGAAGUUCAGUUUUUCCUAAAAAUUCGAACAUUUUCAUAGUUUUUAGCCAGCUCUUCUGAAAUCCAUUUUUUUUCAGAACAAAUGUAAUUUUACUCGGUGAUUCAAUGGGUGAUAUUCAUAUGGAUGUUGGUGUCGAGAAGAAUGGACCAACUCUCAAAAUUGGAUUUUAUAACGGAGAUGUAAGUUUUUCUUCUCAUUUUCUUCCACCAAAUCACACCAAUAAUUUGAUAUUCUUUCAGUUAUCCGAUCAAAAAGCGCUCGAUCAUUAUGUUGAAGUAUAUGAUAUUGUUCUUGUCCACGAUCCAACAAUGAAUAUUGCACAAAAAGUAAUAGAUAUGAUAAAUAUGAAACAUGUACUAUUGUAA